UGAGCUUACAGCCACUAUACACUGAAACGAGAAAUAUUGUUCGCAAUCGCCUUGUGAGACUUGUGAGACUGUGUGAUCGCUUUAACGGAAGGAAAUAAACUAGCGCGGGUUACAACUGCAGUGACAUUUGUAUUAGUUUAAUAUUAUGUAACCGACAAUGAUUAGAAUGACUGUAUGCUUUAAUACAAACCUCGUGCUCCUGAUUAUGAAUAAAGGAAACUUAGUAAACUUGAUCAGAUUACGUUCUUAAGUUAGUUCUUUUGCAAAUAAAUUAAGAAUCCUUUCUUCUCAAAACAGAUUAAUACAUUACAGAUUAAGUUCAAUUAGGUAUUUGUUAAUUUAAGUAAUUUGUAUAAAUAAGUUGUCAUCUUAUCUGGAGUGAAGGAGUCGCCUAGGUUCGUACAAUAAUGGUGGCCGCGCAAUGGACUGCUAUCUUAGUGUUUCAACUACUCGUCCACAACGCCAGCUGCGGCCAUGAUGCACUUGCUGCACACGCCGACCAGCCUGAAUACAGCGACCACAAUGAUCAUAACGACCAUAGCGACCACGGCGACGACAGUGCUUACGGAGACCACGGUGAGCAAAGUGACCACAGUGCCCACGCCGGCCAAAGGGAAGGCACUGUCCAUGGCGACCACGGAGACCACAGUGCCCACGCCGGCCAAAGGGAAGGCACUGUCCAUGGCGACCACGGAGACCACAGUGCCCACGCCGGCCAAAGGGAAGGCACUGUCCAUGGCGACCACGGAGACCACAGUACCCAUGCCAACCAAAGGGAUCGCAUUGUCCAUGGCGACCACGGAGACCACAGUACCCACGCCGACCAAAGUGAAGGCACUGUCCAUGGCAACCACGGAGAUCACAGUGCCCAUGCCAACCAAAGUAAAGGCACUGACCAUGGCGACCACGGAGACCAUAGUGCCUAUACCGACCAAAGGGAACGCAUUGUCCAUGGCGACCACGCAGACCACAGUGCCCACGCCGAUCAAAGUGAAGGCACUGUCCAUGGCGACUACGGAGACCACAGUGCCCAUGCCAUCCAAAGUGAACACAAUGUACACCGCGACCACGGAGACCACGUCGCCCAUGCCAAACAAAAUAAACACAGUGCCCACAGUGACCACGAAGACCCCAGCGAUCACGGCGACCAUAAUGGUGACCACAGCACCAACACACCACAGCACAUACACAGCACCCUUGGCGACCAUGAGGUCCUCAGUGAACACAGCGUCCAAGGUAACCACAGCGACUACGGCGAACACAGCGUCCACGACGCACACAGUGACCAUGGCGACCACAGCAACAAAGGUGAUCACGGCAAUCACGAUGCCCAUGGUGAGCGCAGCGUCUCCAUUGGUCAUAAAGACCACAACGUUCAAAGUGGGCCCAGCGCGAACUUCGGUGGGAGACUUUUGGAGCGGUCAGAGCAUAUCCAUGCGACGACUACGAGCGGGGGCGUCCGGGGCCGGCUGGCGUGGGACGGCAAUUACUUCGCCUUUCUCGGCAUACCCUACGCCGCAGCGCCCACGGGAUUGUUGCGUUUGAAGGCACCGCGACCCCCACCCGCAUGGAACGGCACUAUGGCUGCCGAGCGCACGGUCGUCUGUCCCCAGCAAGGCGUCGGCGAAGAAGACUGCCUCGUGCUCAACGUUUUCGUUCCUAAGAUAAAGGCGAAGCGUGCGCUUCCCGUGCUGGUGUACAUCCACGGGGGCUCUUUUCGUUACGGCGCCGGACCCACCCGAGGCGCUGCGCCGAUCGUCGAACAAGGCGUUAUCUUAGUGACCAUGAACUAUCGCCUCGGCCCGCUGGGCUUCCUUUGCCUCGGUAUCGACGAGGCUCCGGGCAACGCGGGCUUACAGGAUCAGUUAGCGGCCUUGAGAUGGGUAAAGACAAACAUAAAAAAUUUUGGUGGCGACCCAAAUCGUGUAACCAUAUAUGGGACAGAUUCCGGAGCUGCGUGCGUCGAACUUCUAGUCCUUUCUAAGGCGAGCACUGAUUUAUUUGCGAGAGCCGUCAUCGAGUCCGGCUCCGGCAGUGCGACGUGGGCGAUCGAUGAUCGUCCGCUGUGUACCGCCAAAAACUUUGCGAAAGCAUUUUCCGUAUCCGAGUUGGAGCAUCCGCAUAAGUUAUUGGAACUGUACCAAGAGGUUCCGGCGAGCUUGUUAACCAGAGUCAACGAGAAAUUCGCAAACACCUUUACCGACGGCAGGUACGGCUUUGCGCCGUGCGUCGAGAGACCCUUCGAAGCUGUGCAAUCUGUUAUAACCAGUCCUCCGUCCGAAAUUAUGAGAAAAGAACCACCCAGUGGAGUACCUUUAAUGUUUAUAUUUGCGUCUUUGGAAGGUUUGUUUCUCAAAAGCCGAGAAUAUUACACGCUGAAUUACAUGAACAGAAUGGAAGCGAAUUUUGCAGAAUUUUUGCCUUCCGGCCUCAACUUCGACAACGAAAUUAAAAGAAACGAGAAAGCUGCGGAAGUGCGACGUUUCUACUUUGCCAAGGAAACCAUAGAGAACAAUAAGUUAGGAUAUUUGUGGUAUUUCGGAGACAGCCAGAUACUGCGUGCGGUGGUCGGCGCGGCGGAAGCGCACGCACGGCGCGGCCGCCUCGUCUACCUUAUGGAGUUCGCAUACGGCGGGGGGAUGCGCGCGCGUGACCCACUGUACGCGAGCGUGGCGCAGAGCGCGCCGGCGCCUGCAGGUCACGCCCACUUCAAUGCUCACGUUAUAUUGAACAAUACUGUUCAAUCGGACAGCGAUCAAUUGGCAAGCGACAGGGCGGCCACACUCUUGUGUAAUUUCGUUAAAUAUGGAGAGCCCACACCAAACGUGACGGAAGCGCUGCCGGUGCGCUGGCCGCGACUGCGCCCGCCCCUCGUGCCCUACCUGCGCCUCGGCGACGACCUCCAGCUCCUUGAAGCGCCCUACAGCGAGAGGAUACAGUUUUGGAAGCAUUUAUUUUACGAUUUCGGAAAACGACUAUCGGAUUAUGAACCAUAUUUUUGCUAAAAAAAUGAAGGAAACUUUUUUAUUUUAUACUUGAUAAUAAAGUGAAAUUAUUUGAUGAAUAUUUAUUAUUAGAAACUUGUACUUUCUCGAACA